AUGGGUGCGUGUCCCUUAACAUCUUCCUAUAGUCUUAUUAAGAUAGUUUCGAAAGAACUUGUAUGCCAGAUCGAGAUGACCGAGUUUCUUGGACAAGAGAUAGCUUCUGCUGUCGAAAAAGAGUUCAAUUCACUAGCACUUAAGUCAGGAAAGCCAGGUGUGAGGUCCAAUGGCGUCAGUGAAUGGUCAGUUUUGUCUGGAAUUGUUGCGCUCGAAGAUGGCAUCAUCACAGUUUUGGCUCUCAGCACGGGAGUGAAAGCAAUGCCGAAUGAGGUUAGAAAAUACUCACAUGGGUGGAUUGUCCAAGAUUGUCAUGCAGAAAUACUUUGUCUCCGUCUAUUCAACUAUCUUCUAUUGGAUCAGAUCAAACUCAUUGAACUGGGGAAAGACCACUCGAAGCUCUUGGAAAGAUCAACAUCGAUGAAGUAUAAACUACGAGACGGAGUCAAGUUGGCACUUUACAUUUCUGAACCACCGUGUGGAGAUGCCUCUAUGAGUUUUCUUUCGGAAGAUAAAGUAGCAUGGGAAGGACCUAAACCGAAGAAGCAGAAGGUAGUGAGAGGCAGGGCCCAUUUUGAUCUACAUGGUAUUGUCCGAACAAAACCUGGUCGAGCCGAUAGUAGACCGACAUACUCUAAAUCUUGCUCGGAUAAACUAUGCAUGAAACAAUUCACUGGUGUGCUCAACUGUGUGAACAGUUUACUAAUAGAACCCAUCUACCUACUGUACUUGGUUUUGCGGCAAGAUAAGUUCAGCAGGAAAGAUUUCGAUCGGUGUUUCAAAGGAAGAAUCAGUGAAUCCUCUUUAGAAAUUCACCCAUUGACUCCACUAACGUACAAAGAAAGCGAAUACCAGUAUGAGCGGAAUGAGCUUUCUUCUCCUCUGCCAGCAAGUCUUUUGUAUGUGGUCCCAUCUAAAACAAGUCAGGUUAUAGUCAAUGGGGUGAAGAAUGGUGCAUACAUUAAAAACAAGCCACCUAAGCCCUCUGGGGCUAGUUUCAUCUGCAAACGAAAACUUUAUGAGCACGCAUGCCAUUUACUCCCUCCAUUUCUGAGUUACGAAGAGUUGAAACGUUCGAACAAGCAAAGGGAAAGUAUAAAAGCAAGCGCGAGAAAUAUUCUUGGUCUGUGGCCCGAGUCUCUUCCAGAUUCAUUUCCAUUGAGUAUACAGUUGCACACUAAUUGUCUCACCGCCUAG